CCGUACCGUAACACACCCCCCAUAUCGCGACCACCCGUGCCGUAUCGCCACCCCGUCCCCUGUGUCGCGACGCCCGCCGUGCCGGCCGCCCCGCAGGUGUUCGCGGUGCUGACGCUGCAGCUGCUGGUGACGCUGGGCUUCGUGGCCGCCUUCACGUUCGCGGGCGGCGUCCGCUCCUUCGUGCGGCGCCACGUCUGGUCCUACUACGUCUCCUACGGCGUCUUCUUCGCCUCCCUCAUCGCCCUCAGCUGCUGCGGGGAGCUGCGCCGCAAGCACCCCUGGAACAUCGUCGCCCUGUCGGUGCUGACGCUCAGCCUGUCCUACAUGGUGGGGAUGAUCUCCAGCUUCUACGACACCGACGCCGUCAUCAUGGCCGUCGGCAUCACCGUCGUCGUCUGCUUCACCGUCGUCGUCUUCUCGCUGCAGGUGGGCUGGGUGCCGCCGGGGCCCCUUGGGUUUGGGGCUCCCGGGGGGGGCUGGGGGUGCGGGGGCCUCAUCCUCUUCUCCAUCCUCUGCAUCUUCCUCCGCAACCGCAUCGUCGACAUCGUCUACGCCUCCCUCGGGGCGCUGCUCUUCACCUGCGUGAGUGGCAUCGGCCGGGGGGACACCGGGGGAUGUAGGGACAUCAGGGAGGUGUGGGGGCACCGGGGGGAUGUGGGGACAUCGGGGGGAUGUGGGGACAUCAGGGGAAUGUGGGGACUUGGGGGGACAUGGGGACACCAGGAGAUGUGGGGACGUCAGGGGGAUGUGGGGACACCAGGAAGAUACGGAGACAUGGGGACAUCAGGAGGAUGUGGGGACAUCAGGGAGAUGUGA